UUUUAGGUACUAGGGUAACGGAAUUUUGCAUAAUUUUACUCUGAAAGACGUGCGAAUGGUCUGAAAUGAAUUGAUAAAUUCGUAAGACACAGUUGUACAAUGUUUAGAAGUAGUGUUGCAUUACUGACGAAACUACUGCCUCGUACAAUACCGAAACCUGGACUUAAUCCUCAUAACAGCAUAAAACUAUUACCUGUAAAAUGUUUAUUUUCUACUAGUAACAAAUUCAACGAAAAUGGACAAACUGACAGUGUUGAAGUAUCUGAUAAAGAAGAAAAGCUUUACAGAGCUAUUGAUGUUUUAGUCAAGGGCCAUGAAGCUGAGGUCCUUGAAAGUUAUGUUAGAUUUUGUGUACUUGCGGCAGAAGAACUGGAUAUCCCAGUCAAUGGCGUAUUAAGACCUAAGUUCAUAAUGGACCGAUUAACAUUGCUAAAAUCAAAACAUAUUUUCAAGAAACACAGAGUUCAAUAUGAAAUGCGUACACACCGGAGGGUUGUGCAACUGGAAAAAUUAACUGAAUCCACAGCGAACGUUUUUCUUGAAUAUUUACAACGAAAUGUUCCAGCUGGUGUUGCUAUGCAUGUCCACAAGUGGGAACUAGAGCGCAUUCCCGCUCACAUCCGAGAUGAGAUGGUGAAGAAUAUGAGCAAGAUGACUCCGGAGGAUUGGAAAAGAGAGAGCAAAUAUGCAGAGAAGAUGUCAAUUAAGAAGAAAACAUCAAACAGCGAUUAUGAAGAAUACCACACAACCAAGAAAUAUCUCUUAGGCACUACUAUAUAAACUCUAAACUUUCAUAUAUAUAUUUUAAGUUGAAACAAGCUACAACUUUGGUAUUUAUCUAGUGUAUUUUAAUUAUCUGUUUUGCAGAGUUUGCCAAGUGCACAGUUUUUUUGAUUUUCAAAUGUUUGGUAAUGAUUUGUCCCUUGCAUUUUAAAUUAUUAUCACUGAACACUAAACCAAAUCUGUAUGAAAGUAUUUUCCCAAUAGUGCACAGAACCAGUUCUCAUGAAGGUUGUUACACUUUCCAAACUUAAAUUGUUGUCUCUCAAACCAAUCUAGAAA